CAUCCAAAACUCUGAAACGUUUCGGGUAAAAAUAUCAAUCUACCCUACGUUUUUUGGACAUGUCGAUUCUCCUUCCACUGGGUUCACGACAUGUAGCAUUAAGUUAGAUAGACAUAAUAUUCUAGGGACAUCAUUACUUUGGGAGCCAUGAAAAAACUCAAACACAAAAAGCAAAAGGUUUUAAAGCCAAAACCACUAUUUUUUAUAUUUAUUGGUUGGAUGUUUUGUUGGAUAUAAAAUCCCAAUUGUUGAGCUAUGUGAUGAAAGAUGGGGAUAGUGUACAGUCUUUGGCGAGCCGGUUUGGGGUGAGCAUGGAUAGCAUCGAGCAAGUGAAUGGGAUCGAAGAUCCUGAUAAUGUCACUGUGGGUGCUCUCUAUCACAUUCCUUUGAAUUCGGUUCCUGGUGAGCCUUAUCCCCUAGAAAAUGAUAUUCCUCCCACUCUUGUUCCCUCUCCAACUGUUGACAGUUUCUCAGGUAAUCAACAGAAUCACAAGGAUCAUAUGCCCUAUGGAUGGAUUGUUAGGGGUGUGGGGAUUGGUCUGGCACUGAUUGUAUUAAGCAUAGUUGUUUGUGUUUCCUUGAGGUUAUUAAAAUGCUUCACGGAAGCUGAAAGGAGUCACACAAACGAUUGUGAUGACGAAGUUUCUCACAAGUUUCAUAUUCUUCGAAAGCCCAGUUUUUGUUGUGCUUCAGGAAGGUACGUCUGCUACAAGUCUCGGGAUGUGAAGCAAACUAAUGGGGAAUCUAGCAACCGCCAGACUACUACUCCUAAAGGGUAA